AUGUCAAGUGCAGAAAUUAAUGUAUCAAGCAAGAAUAACAAUAAUCAACAUCAACAAAAUCAAUCAUCAUGGAAAUUUCCAAAUUUUUUUAAACUAUCAUCAUCUGCUCCUGUAUCUUCAACUAAUCAUAAAACUAUAAAUGAAAAAGAUGCUCAUUAUGAUCAUAUUUCAAUGUCUACUCAUUCCUCGACGUCAACUACUAAAUCUCAAAAUGUUGGUAAAUGUUAUUGUUGUGGCACUGUUUUAACAUUUCCAACUAAAUCUAAAAAGUUUAGAUGUUCAAUUUGUCAUACUACCAAUAUACUAGAAACAUCGAGAAAGGAAGCUGCUAGGGUGAAUAUACCAUUAAUUUCGGUCCAGUACGUGGAAUCGUUAAUUGAGAGAUGUUCAAAAUUGAGGUCGAAGGAUUCAUCAAAAUCGGUACAUGAGGCUUUUGAGCCAUUAUCUACUUAUGUAUACAAGGCAUUCAACUCGUUUGAAGUGUUGAACAACUCAUUUAAGUUAAAAAACCACUGUCAACAAUCUAAAUAUACAAAAUCAUAUAUCAAUUUUAAAGCUAUACAUGAUGUUUUCAACAAAUUGCUUAAAUUACCUACUAAGCAACCAUUAUAUAAUGCUUUAAAAGGUUCUAGUGACCAAUUAAAACGAAUUCAUAUAUAUAAUGAAGAUAUAAAUGUAAGAGAUUAUAUUUUUUUAAUCAUACUACUUGAAAUACCAAUAUUGAGUAAAUCAUUAGUACCCAAUGAGUUAAAAGUUAGACAUAUGAGUGAUAUACCAGAGAUUAAAAUGUUAUGUUAUGAUAUUUUAAAAAGAAUAUUGGGUAUAUUGUCAUGUAUUGAUCAAACGAAAAUACGAAAUUAUAUAAUUCAAUGGUUUUCAAAAUAUGAUUUGAGUUUAUUUAUCGAUAAGAUUAAUUUAAUAAAUUUAUACGUUACAUUUCAAUUGAAGAAGUACUUUUAUUUAGCUAAUAAUCCACAUGUUAAAUUAGUUUCAACACCACCAGAAUCAAAUCAAAAUUCAAAUGAUAUAGAAUAUUUUCAAAGCUUAAAUUUGAAGACUCAUAUUGAGUCAAAUGCUGAUUUAUCAGCCCCUUUAGUUUUAAAUUUUCCUGCUGGUCAAGUUUCUUCAAAUCCAUUUGCAAUUGGGAAAGGGAAAAAAAUGUCAAAUAAGGAAACAAAAGUCAAAGUACAUCAGUAUGGAAAUGAUUGGCAUAUUAAAUCUGCUUUAAUUGUGUUGACAUUAUUUUAUAAAGCUAAUAAAUUACGUGCUCAACCACUUCCAGUUUCAAAUUUUUAUAAUUCUUUGGUUGAUUAUGUUAAUAUUCGAUUAGAUUUUGAUUCAUGGCAAAGUAACAAGAAACUGAAGAAUAAAGUUUUAAAUAAUGAUCAUCCUGAAUUAAAAGCUGUGAUUGGUUAUAUACACGGAACAACAGUGAAUAAAUCUUUAUACGAUGAUGCAUUAUAUUAUCUUUGCCAAUAUCCAAUUAUAAUCUCAUUGGGUUCAAAAAUUUCUGUGCUUGAAUAUGAUGCAAGAAGACAAAUGGAAAGAAAAGCAGAAGAAGCAUUUAUAAAUUCUUUGGAUAAACGAACUGUAAUUGAUGUUUAUUUUAGAAUUAGAAUUAGAAGAGAAUAUAUCGUACAGGAUUCAUUAAGUUGUAUUAAAUUAAAUUCAGAUAAUUUGAAAAAAUCAUUAAAGAUUCAAUUUGUCAAUGAACCUGGAGUAGAUGCAGGUGGAUUAAGAAAAGAAUGGUUUUUAUUAUUAACUAGAGAAAUAUUUAAUCCACAAACUGGAAUGUUUUAUAAUGUUGAAGAUUCAAAUUUAUUAUGGUUUCAUAUCAUACCUAUUGAAAAUUCAGACAUGUAUUAUUUGUUUGGUGCAAUUUUAGGAUUAGCUAUAUAUAACUCAACAAUUUUAGAUUUACAAUUUCCAUUAGCAUUAUAUAAAAUAUUAUUAGGUAGAAGUUUAGAUUUUGAAAAUUAUGAGCAAUUAUUUCCAGUAAGUUUUAAAAAUUUAAUGAGUUUAAACAACUUAUCAGAUGAUGAAUUAAGAAAUUUGGAUAUUGCAUUUGAAGUUACAUAUACUGAUAUUUGUGGUAAAUAUUAUACGCAAGAUUUGAUGCCAAAUGGUAAGAAUAUAAAAGUGAGUAAAGAUAAUUUACAUGAGUAUUUAGAAAAAUAUAUCAAUUUUUUCAUGAAGGAUGGAAUUAAAACACAGAUUGAAGCUUUCAAAAGUGGCUUUAAUGCAGUUAUUGGUGGCAAUGCAUUAAGUUUAUUCGCACCAAAUGAGAUUGAAUUAUUACUUUGUGGUUCAAGUGAUCAUAAAAUUGAUGUUGAUAUUUUAAAAUCAGUUACUAAAUAUGCUGGAUGGAAUUCUAAUGAAGAAGCAAUAAAUUCUCAACUUAUAAUUUGGUUUUGGGAAUUUAUGAAUGAAAUUUCAAAUGAUUUUAGAAAAAAAGUUUUGAUUUUCAUUACUGGUUCUGACCGAGUACCCGCUACUGGUAUUCAAAAUUUAUCAUUUAGAAUAAGUUUAUUAAAUCAUGGUUAUGAUAGUGAUAGACUACCUAUUGCACAUACUUGUUUUAAUGAAUUGGCAAUAUAUAAUUAUAGUUCAAAAUUGAAAUUUCAAGAUAAGAUGACACGGGCAGUUAAUGAGAGUUCAGGAUUUGGGAUUAAAUAA